CAGGUUUCAAUGAAGAAUUGGUAGCAUCUUCAGGCCAUUUCACAUUCUCCCUAAUUGCAAAACUAGAUGCCCACAAUAAUAUAUUUAAGUGGUGUCUGAGAUUUGCCCGCAACAUAAUCUUUAAUCAGCUCGCAAACAAAAGGACAGAACAGUGUAAACAUGUCUCAAGAAGGAUAUCAGACAGCACCCGCGGACACGAGCUUGAAUACACAUGAAACGCCGAGGACCAACCCCAGGAAGACGCCGAUACAGAUCCUGCAUGAACAUGGCACCAAAAGCGGCAACCUUCCCGUGUAUGUGAUGGAGAAGGCCGAAGGAGAGGCUCACCAACCCCACUUUGUCUUCAGCGUGAAAAUCGGAGAAGUCGGCUGCACAGGUCAAGGUCCUAGUAAAAAGGCUGCUAAACACCAGGCUGCAGAGGCUGCCCUCACUAUUCUGCAGAUAGAUGCCGGCAAAAUCAACUCUCCUGUGAAGUCUGAGAGUAACGGUGUUGUAGCGGAAACAAGCAACCAUCCCAACUCAGUGGGGAUACUGCAGGAAUUGGCGUUGCAGCGGGGAUGGCGUCUUCCUGAAUACACCGUUUUAAUGGAGGCUGGCCCGCCACACAAGAGAGAGUUCACUGUUACCUGCAGACUGGAGUCCCUGUCAGAGAAGGCGAUGGGAAAUUCAAAAAAGGCAGCGAAAAAGACGGCUGCAGAGAAAAUGGUGUCAAAACUUCAAAGUCUGUCGGGCUGUUCUGAAAUCACAUGGAUGCCGAAACCAAGCGUCCGGUUUGAGAACUUGAGGAACUCAUCAGCGGAGAGUAUUUCUUUACUGAGAAGAAACCCACUGAGCAUUCCCAACACAGACUAUAUUCAGAUGAUGUUGGAGCUGUCCAUGGAGCAGGGCUUUGAGGUCACGUACUUCAACAUUGACGAGCUGACGGUGAACGGCCAGUACCAGUGCCUGGCGGAGCUGUCCACCUGCCCGGUCACCGUGUGCCACGGCACCGGCAUUUCCUGUAGCAACGCUCACAACGACUCGGCACACAGCGCCCUUCAGUACAUCAAGAUCAUGGCCUCCACCAAGUAAAGCCAACACCUGCUUCACCCUGUCUCGUCACGUAUACCAGCUGAUGCCCAGUCACGAUGAUGCUGUGGAUGAUGCAGUCUUCCUGCCAGUGGAUGCUUUGAGGUCACGGUAUAUUUUUAUACGUCUGUGUGUCACUAGGCAGGUCAUGAUCCAUUAUAACUCUACGUACAGUGUCUGAAAUAGGUCAGAGCAGUAUUUGUGAGGUGACAAAUGUUCUCAUUAUUAAGAAUACAAUAUACAUUGAAAUGUUGUCUUCAGGUUGCUAGAACUUGAGUGAACAACAUACUAUAUUUAAGCAAAUGUGCAAAUGAGAUCGGAGAAGUGAAGAAUAUGAAGCACUUCCACAUUUAAUUUUUACAGAAUAGUUGUAUGCUGUAUUAAUCCACAUUAGUCGUCUUGCUUUAUUGGGACCUUCCUCCCUUUUUUAAAAUCAGGAUGCAGAUGUUUUUAGGUUCCAGUUCUCUUCAUUUGUUUUGUUCUCCCCACAGUAGCAUUACACUGCGCUGUAUAGAGCCAAUAGAAGAGCUUCAUCUUUUAAUUUGCUUCAGAUACCUGCCUUCCUGGUAAACUCUAAAAUUAAAGUGAGUUGUAAAGGAGAAAUAAUUUUGACUCGUCUUAUAUUUGAAAUUAUAGUCUGCAUUUUGAUCUACGGAUAGGUCGAAUUAGUUUCCCCCAGUUCCAUCUGUCGGCAUGCAAUCUACAGUACACCUGCUGUCUGUAUGUGGUUGAUACUCAAAAUAGAUAUAACAUAUUAUUUUAUAUUCCCAUCCUUCUGGUCUAUUGCCAUUUGUUUUGCAGUGUGCCUCAUAAUACCAUGUGAUAUAUUUAAUAUUGAAUCCAUCAAAUAAACCAAACGCUAGAUGUCGACAAGUGUCCGUUUCUGUUAAUGGUCGUACAAAUAAACAUGACGGGGAGAA